AGGAAACAAGAAAAAAUGAAUCCUAGAAUACAUAUGGCGAUUUUCAUCGCUUUGGCUGCAAGUUCAGUUAGCAGUAGCAUCAACAGUGCAACAUCGGUUGCCAAGCAGCAAGUGAGUGGGCUCAAUCUAAAAGCUCUGGACGAUUUGUACAUUGACGAUGAAGGUGACGACGAUAUUCAGCUGGCGGAUGAAGCUUCCGGAUUAGGUCCCUUGAAACCGGCCCUCGGGGUGGAAGACGAAGAAGAAGAGGAAGAAGAGGAGGAGGAAGAAGAAGAAGAAGAAGUGGAGGAAUACGACGACAACCCUGCGCCGGUAGAGGCAGCCAAAAAGGCCAAGGACGCCGGAACUAUGGCUGCCACCACCACAAACAUGGGCAGCAGUAACAAAAACAUGACGACGGGUAUCAACGUCGACUACAAGGAUGACGUGGUGGUACCACCCAAAGUGAGUCCCGUUGCGGCAUCGCCGUCGAUGGGUAAACCUCCGUCGUCAGCCACCGUAGACGAUGACGAAGACGAUGAUAAUUUUGAUGGUUCCGGCGGAUCGGGUGCUGGAACUGGAUCAAACGUCGAUGAGGAGAACGAAGAAGACGAAGAAGACUAUGAUGAUACUGCGACAGAUGAGGAUGUUAACGCUGGCAUCGACCUCGGUUCGGUCAUUACGGAACCGGUGCAAACAACGAUGAAGCCCGAAAAGAAGCCCGAAGUGGUGGUUGUCGCACCACCCACCUCUCCGACCAAGGCGCCAAAGGAGACUACCCAGGCUCCUUCGUCUCCACCACCGUCCGGUGGUCGAGAUGAGAACCAGCUUCCGGCCGAGCCGAUGACAACACCAUCGCCAAGGCCCGUGGAUCCAUCUCAGGGCUCUCCGGAUGGCAACCGAGGCAAUAAUGAUGUUCAGAUUCUCGAUCACAAGCCAGAUGAGCGUCAGGCUUCAUUCUUCGCUCAGCCUGGAAUACUCGCCGCCGUGAUCGGUGGAGCCGUUGUAGGUCUGCUCUGCGCCAUUUUGCUCGUCAUGUUCAUCGUCUACCGCAUGCGCAAGAAGGACGAAGGCUCUUACGUUCUCGACGAGCCCAAGCGCAAUUCACCCAACUCGAAUCCGUACAAUAAAAACAGUCGUGAAUUUUACGCUUAAUUUAACACGAGGAAAAAAACUAUCCCGCCAUUCAUUUAUUUUAUUUCAUUUGAUUUUUUUUCCUUUAUUUUAUGCUCCCGCAAAAUCCAAGCUUCUCAUUUUUUUUGUCUAAACCCAAGUUGAUUAUUUUGAAAUUUUUUUAAAGAUAUCUUGAUAAUAUUGAUGAAAAAGAAACACAGCAAAAAGCGAAUCAGCGUAUUAUGUAUAGUGCAUCGUUGUUACCGCCACGACUAAUUAUUUCACCAUGAAUUAUUAUUUGAAUUUUUUUUUACCCUGAUCGCAUUCCGUAUAUUUUGACUCAAAUUAAUCAACUCCGAAGGGAAAGAAAAGAAGAAAAAAAAGUAACACAGAAAUGCACUCUUCUAUUAAUCCUGAUGAUUCAUUACAGAAGAUAUUUUUCAUUUUUUAAGGUGAGAGGCGGGACUCGCCAACUAUUUACAUCAUAAUUCACCGGCACCAUUUUUUUCUUCCCCUACCUCCCUUUCAGUUUUGUUGUGCCAAUCAUUUUAAAGUAAUAUUCAGUAUAACCACUCACUGCUUAAUUAUUAUCAUAUUAUCUCUUUCUCUUUUCCUUUUGUUUCUGUUUCUGUUGGAAACACUGCACGGGAUAUUGUCGCCUAAUUCUGUCAAAUCGAAUUCUUUUCGCGUGUAUAAACAUAACGAAUGGCUCUCCAAUAUCUUGCGGGAAAAAAGCUUUCUUCUUUUAAUCACCAUCAAAAUCAGGAGAAUUAUAUUUCAUUGUAUUUUUUUUCUUAUUGUAUUUUUUUCAACAGUUUGUCCUCAUAUGCAAUAGAUCGAUAAGCAGAUAACAAAAAAUUUGAAAACACCUUUUCUGUCGGAUGAUGUAUAUCAAGUUUUAAAACCGAAAAAUCUUGCGACGUUUUCAGCAUUUUUGUGCGUGUGUUUUUCUCUUUUUGUUCAGCAUCUGUUCAUGUUGCUUUUACAGCAUCAUUUCUUUCUUCAAUUCUCCGUUGUGUCGCCCUCCUCACUUUGGCAAUCUAUCAGCCGGCGCUGAAAAGACAUAAAACAUGAGUGCUGUC